UCCCGCUCUCUCUGCCCAGCGGCGCACCUUGUCAUUGGGCAACUCGGCCUGACGCAGGGCGUGUGACGGCUGCGCUUUCGGAACUGGUUUGUCCUGUGGGGCUUGCUGUAGGGAAAUGGUGCUCAAGGCAUAGAGAGGCUGGCAGCGCUUGGUCUCAGCAGGAAGAGACGCGCAGCACUGGAGAUGGGCCUGAGUUAAUGAAACAUGCUGCGGAACACGAUUUCUCACUUUCCCACGGCCAUGAAUGGCGGCCCAAGCAUGUGGGCCAUCACUACGGAGGAGAGGGCCAAGCACGAUAAGCAGUUUGCCAGUCUUAAGCCUAUCAAUGGACUCAUAAGCGGUGACCAAGCACGUAGCUUCUUCAUACAAUCUGGCCUCCCAUCAUCCGUUCUAGCUGAAAUAUGGGCCCUCUCAGACUUGAACAAAGAUGGCAAGAUGGACCAGCUGGAAUUCUCCAUCGCAAUGAAACUCAUCAAACUGAAACUGCAGGGACAAUCUCUGCCCUUGGUCCUACCUCCUGUAAUGAAACAGCCCCCAGUCUUUUCGCCAUUAACCUCCUCUCGCUAUGGAAUGGGGAGCAUGCCAAACUUGUCCAUGCCACCACCCAUGCCUUCCCUCAUACCCUUUGCACCCACUGCAUCAUUAACCUCAAUGAGCUCUUUGCCACCCCUGCCUAUGUCAACUCCCUUGGUGCCUUCUCUUGGCUCAUCAUCAACUUUGCCAAAUGGAACAUCCACUGCUCUGCUUUCAUCUUUCCCUGUGCCUUUGUCUUCUUCCACAUUGCCUCAUAACAGCUCGAUAAAUCUCCUGGGCGGAGGAUUCAGCAGCACCACUAUGCAGAAGACUCAGUCUCUCAUAGACCUGGCAUCUAGCAGCUCCAAUUCCUCAUCUACCACUUCUCUGACUGGUAACUCCCCAAAAACCACUUACCUGGACUGGGCAGUGCCUCAGGCAUCCAGACUGAAAUACAGGCAAAAGUUCAACAGCCUCGAUAAAUGUAUGACUGGCUACCUUACAGGUUCCCAAGUUAAGAAUGCCCUGGUGCAAUCAAGCCUCUCUCAUACACAGCUUGCCACUAUCUGGAAUUUGGCUGAUAUUGACAAAGACGGAAAGCUAAAAGCUGAUGAAUUUAUACUGGCCAUGUAUUUAACCGACAUGGCUAAAGCCGGACAGCCCCUCCCUCUCACUCUUCCCCCAGAUCUGGUUCCUCCUGCUUUUCGCAGUAAUGUAAGUAUCACUGCUAGUGACCCUAUCAAUGGAACGUUACCUCUGUACCACCAAAUGCAUGAGGAAGAGCCGCCUCAGAAAAAGACAGCAGGGACAUUUGAGGAAAAGCGAAAGGAGAACAUUGAGAAGGGCAACAUGGAGCUGGAGAAGAGGAGGCAGGUGAUCUUGGAGCAGCAGCAGAGGGAGGCCGAGCGGAAAGCACAAAAGCAGCGGGAAGAGCAGGAGCGCAGAGAGAGGGAGCGCCAGGAGCAGGAGCGCAAGAAGCUGCUGGAGCAAGAAAGACGCAUGGAGCGGCAGCGCGAGCUAGAGAGGCAGAGGGAGGAAGAGAAGAGGAAGGAAAUCGAAAGAAGAGAGGCAGCAAAGCAGGAACUCGAGCGGCAGAGGCAGCAGGAGCUGGAAAGGAUCCGUCGGCAAGAGCUGUUCAACCAGAGGAACAGAGAGCAGGAGGAGAUUAUGAAGCUCAAGUCCAAGAAGAAGAGCUUACAGCUGGAACUAGAAGCACUUGAAGAUAAACACCAGCAGAUCACUUCGAGAGUCCAAGAUGUACGAGGAAAGAAACAACUGAAGAGAACUGAGCUGGAGACCUUAGAUAGAAAAUGUGAUGCAGGAAUCAUGGAGAUAAAGCAACUGCAACAAGAACUGCAAGAAUAUCAAAACAAACUUAGCAUCCUGCUUCCUGAAAAGCAAUUUUUGAAUGAGAAGAUUAAUCAGAUGCAAGCUGUUAUCUCUAAUGACAAAUCAGGCACUGGUUUUCAGGGAUUUCAUAAGAAAGUCUCAGAGAAAGAUGGUCUCUGCCAAAGACUUCGGGAACAGCUGGAGGCUCUGGAGAAGGAAACCAGUUCAAAGCUGCAGGAAAUGGACUCAUUCAAUAACCAACUUAAGGAGCUGAGAGGGAGCUACAGUAAGCAACAGUCUGCCUUACAUCAGCUGCAGAAGAUCAAACAGGAAAAACUGAGGGAAGCUGAGCAGAAACGAGCCGAGCAGGCACAGAAGAAGCAGGAGGAAGAGGAGGCUGCAAGGAGAGCCAAGCAAGAGAAAGAAAACCUCUGGCUGGAAAAUCUUAAAAAAGAAGAAGAGGAGAAGCAGCAGCGCUUAGAGGAUGAGAGAAGAAGAGAACAGAAGCUUCUGGAAAAGCAAAAAGCAGAGGAGGAAGCGACAGCACGGCAGAGGGAAGCCCAGCAAAGACUGGCAGAAGAGAAGAAAAGGCAGGCCGAGAGGGAAGAAGAACAGAGAAAGAAGCAGCAGGAAGAGGAAAAACGCAGGCAGGCCCAGCUGAAGAAGGACCUGGAGGAAAAAAGCAAGGCAGAGGAUGAGGAGAGAAGACGUAAGGAAAGUGCUGGCCGUAAAGAUUCUGAGAAGCGAAUCUCCAAACUUAGCCUGGAUGAGAAGUUUGCUGACAAGCUGAAGAAUAUUGGAGGCAGGAACGCCAGCUCUGAGCGAGGGAGAGAAGCCAACACCACCAGCGUCUCCGAUAACAGAAGGUCCUCAGCAGCUGCAUUUGUCAACUACACAGCCUUGUACCCGUUCGAGGCUCGAAACGCAGAUGAGCUGAGCUUCAAUGCUGGGGAUAUUCUCCAGGUGGACGAGAAAAACAUAGGGGAACCAGGCUGGCUGUACGGCUGCUUGAGAGGAAAUGUCGGCUGGUUCCCUUCCAACUACGCAGAGAAAGCCACUGAGAUCGAGGCACCACUAUCGCCGAAGAAGGCCUUACUGCCUCCCACUCUCUCUGUGUCUACCUCAUCUCCUGCCAAGCCACUUUUGACGAGUAAAUCCUCUUCGGAGCUAGAUACAGAGUAUCAAAACCUUCCUUUCUCAAGCCUUAAUGUAAACAACACAACAUGGCAGAAAACAUCUGCAUUUACCCGAACUGUAUCCCCGGGUACUAUCUCACCAAUGCACGGCCAGGGGCAGCCGGGGGAAAGUGUAAAGGCGCAGGCACUGUGCUCCUGGACUGCAAAGAAAGAUAACCACUUAAACUUCUCCAAAAAUGAUACCAUCGUCGUACUGGAGCAGCAGGAAAACUGGUGGUUUGGGGAAGUCCGAGGGCAGAAAGGCUGGUUCCCCAAAUCUUACGUUAAAAUUCUUCCUGGCACCGAUGCCAAAACUCCAGAGCCAGAACCAGUAUAUGCUGCUGUGAAGAAGAAGCCAGUAGCACCCUCGGCAGCUGGAGAAGAGUAUGUGGCCCUCUAUUCCUACUCAAGUUCAGAGCCCGGAGAUCUCAUUUUUAAUGAAGGAGACCUCAUCCUAGUGACCCAGAAAGAUGGCGAAUGGUGGACGGGUAGAGUUGAAGACAGGACAGGCAUCUUCCCAUCGAACUAUGUGCGGACUAGAGACCAGGAGGUUUCCAGUGGUGCUGGCAAAACUGGAACAUUAACCAAAAAGCCUGAGAUAGCCCAGGUGACCACUGCAUACACUGCCACUGGCACGGAGCAACUCAGCUUAGCACCGGGGCAGCUCAUCCUCAUCCAAAAAAAGAAUCCCUCGGGAUGGUGGCAAGGAGAGCUGCAGGCGAGAGGCAAGAAAAGGCAAAAGGGCUGGUUCCCAGCAUCGCAUGUUAAAUUACUCGGACCAAAUAACGAAAAAGCUGCUCCCGCCUUCAUUCCAGUGUGCCAGGUAAUAGCUAUGUACGACUACAUCGCCAACAACGAAGAUGAGCUACACUUCGGCAAGGGCCAGCUUAUUAACGUGCUAAAUAAAGAUGAUGUUGAUUGGUGGCAAGGGGAAAUCAAUGGCGUGACUGGCCUCUUUCCUUCCAACUACGUGAAGAUGACCACAGAGAGUGAUCCCAGCCAGCAGUGGUGCGCCGACCUACAUACUCUGGACACCAUGCUGCCCAUGGAGCGGAAGCGCCAGGGGUAUAUCCACGAGCUGAUACAGACAGAAGAGAGGUAUAUGGAUGAUCUUCAGCUUGUGAUAGAGGUGUUCCAGAAGCCUAUGGCCGAGUCUGGCUUAUUAACUGAAGGGGAGAUGGGAAUGAUAUUUGUAAACUGGAAGGAGCUGAUCAUGUCCAACACCAAGUUACUCAAAGCCCUGAGGGUCCGUAAGAAGACCGGGGGAGAGAAGAUGCCAGUUCAGAUGAUUGGGGACAUUCUGGCAACCGAGCUGUCACACAUGCCGGCCUACAUCCGUUUCUGUAGCUGUCAGCUCAAUGGCGCCGCCCUUCUGCAACACAAGACUGACGAGGAUGCAGAUUUUAAGGACUAUCUAAAGAGACUGGCCAUGGACUCCCGCUGUAAGGGGAUGCCCCUGUCCAGCUUCCUACUGAAACCAAUGCAAAGGAUAACGCGCUACCCUCUCAUUAUAAAGAACAUCCUGGAAAACACCCCGGAAUCUCUCCCUGACCACAGCAACCUGAAGUUUGCGCUGGAUCGAGCGGAGGAGCUGUGCUCUCAGGUCAAUGAAGGGGUGAGGGAAAAGGAGAACUCGGACAAGCUGGAAUGGAUUCAGGGCCAUGUACAGUGUGAAGGACUCACAGAGCAGAUCAUCUUUAACUCCCUUACAAACUGCCUGGGGCCCCGGAAACUGCUGCACAGCGGCAAAGUGUACAAGACCAAGAGCAACAAGGAGCUCUAUGGUUUCCUUUUCAAUGACUUCCUCCUCCUCACCUACAUGGUGAAGCAGUUUGUGUCGUCAGGGUCAGACAAGCUCUUCAGCCCUAAAACCACUGCCCAAUACAAGAUGUACAAAACGCCAGUCUUCCUGAAUGAAGUGCUAGUGAAGUUGCCAAGUGACCCUUCGAGCGAUGAGCCCGUUUUCCACAUCUCACACAUCGACAGAGUCUACACCCUCAGGACUGACAACAUCAAUGAAAGAACGGCCUGGGUACAGAAGAUCAAAUCUGCUUCCGAGAAUUUCAUUGACACAGAGAAGAAGAAGAGGGAACGAGCGUAUCAAGCGCGCUCUCAGAAGUCUUCAGGGAUUGGCCGCCUGUUGGUGCAUGUGAUUGAGGCAACAGAAUUAAAGGCCAGUAAACCUAAUGGGAAGAGCAACCCUUACUGCGAGGUCAGCAUGGGCUCCCAGAGCUACACCACCCGCACACUGACUGACACCCUCAGCCCCAAGUGGAAUUUCAACUGCCAGUUCUUCCUCAAGGAUCUCUACCAGGAUGUUCUUUGUAUCACUGUGUUUGACCGAGACCAGUUUUCCCCUGACGACUUUUUGGGUCGGACUGAAGUUCCAGUAGCCAAGAUACGGACUGAGCAAGAAGGCAAAGCUCCGGCCACCAAGCGCCUGCUGCUGCACGAGGUGUCAACUGGGGAAGUUUGGGUGCGCUUCGACUUGCAGCUGUUUUAGCAACGCUACGGCUUCAUGAAACUGCUGGACAUUAAAGGGACGGAAAGCCACAUCCGAAAGAGCUUCAGCUCUGCAGUGAUUCUACCCCGACACCCAUUGUCCCUACUGCAUGGUUCAGUGCCGGCUCCACCUAUGCAACGCUAGUUCUGCAGGACGACCAAUCACCGUUCAAUCACUGUGCCUUCACAUAGCAAUACUGUGCCGCUUUGCGCCUUUGCUUUUUUUUUUCACAAAUGACAACUAUUGUAAUGGUGAGUUAAUCAGACUGACAGUGGGCUUCUUUGUUUGUGUGGGGGGCCAGUGCCAUAUCCCCCAGGGCUGCUGUUAUAGAUGUAGGGAUAGCUGGAAGGCAGGGGAAGAUGUUAGGGUGUCCCUGAUGUAUAUAAUAAAAUUAUCUGUUGUUAAUAUAUAUCCUUAUUAUAUCUUCCCACAGUGGCUUCUUAUAUGCCUAGGGGGGGCCAGGAUAAAUUCAUUCUCUCUCUCUGCCCAGCCCUAAACCUGGCCACCUAGGGACCUUACACUAGCCUACAGGCUUCCCUAUGGGAAGAGGAUUUAUCACCUAAUAAAACUGCAUUAUUGACAAAAGGUUUUGUGUUACAUGGAAAGAUAUAGAGAUAUAGAUAUGUGUAUGUGUAUACACACAUAUAUAUAUAUAAAUAUACAUGUUCUCCUUCAGACACUAAAUGGGAGUGCAAAGGUUUAUAAUUGAUUUAUUUAAAGUAUGUGAGUUUGUGAUGAAUAACUAGUGACUUGGAGAAGCCUUCAGAGGCCAUAUUGGUGCACUAUGUUGGAGAUUUCUCCAAAUACAAGGAUUCUGGGGAAAUGGGGAUUUAGGCUUAAUGCCAAGAUAUUUGGGGGUCAGAUAUUGAAUCAGUCAGGGCCUGGGUUUCGCUUUGAUUUGUAUGUGUGAAAUCAGGGAACACUCCCAGAGGCUGAUGGGUAGAUCCCAGUCAUGGCUAUUAUGGCACAUAUGGAAUAUAUGUUUGUGUGCGUGUAAAGGGCAUUUAAGGGAAAUGUUAUUUGAAAAUCCUUUCAGUUCUGUAGAGAGGGCUGUCCCUGUGUUAUAUAGAGAGGGCUGUCCCUGUGUUAUAUAGAGAGGGCUGUCCCUGUGUUAUAUAGAGAGGGCUGUCCCUGUGUUAUAUAGAGAGGGCUGUCCCUGUGUUAUAUAGAGAGGGCUGUCCCUGUGUUAUAUAGAGAGGGCUGUCCCUGUGUUAUAUAGAGAGGGCUGUCCCUGUGUAGAUAGGGCCGUCAGUCAGGGCUGGUUUACGCUGCAUGCCCAGAGGCUCUCUGUUGCUUUGCAUCACGGUUUUUGUUGCUUGCUCACACCAGAUAAGCAUGGCUGAUAUCAGGGCCCUCCGCCCCUUUUAAGGCUCUUUACUGGCAGAAUAUCUAAGGUCCCUGUGGCUAGUUGUACCAUACUAAGUAUUGCUUUCUUGGGCAGAGUUGUUCCCCCAUCUCCAGUGAUGGUAUCCCUAGAACAUUCUCUGCUGGAGGUGUUUAAAUAUAAGAGGGUGGAGUGACAGUGACAGUCUUUCAGUAUCUGGCACAAGUGCCGCCUCUGUCCCAUGUCACAGGACUAAUAACAGACAUGCCAUGGUUUCAUUUAACCGGCAGCUUUCCAGCUGUUCAGUUUUCUGAGUUGGGCAACCUUUGGCCUUCAGAAGGAAUUCUGGGAGUUGUAGUUCAGCAACUUUCAGAGUGUUUCUUCUCAUAAUAGACAAGAAGGAUGGACUGUUACAGACAUGGGACUUGCCGGAUGUUCCACAUUUUGACUUAAAAUUAUUAUGUUUAGGAGAUGUGGUUGUAAAAUACAGUUAGCAAAUGGCUGUUUCUUUUCCGUGUGGCUCUACAGCACCGCCCCACUCCUUUAUGGGAGCAGCCUUAGUGCCUUACUAAGGAUUGAGUGCAACUGUUCCUGCAAAUAGCAGACUGGGCCGGGCACAGACUGAAUGAUUUAGGCUUAGUAGUGCCUACCACAAGUGAUAGUGCAAGUCGCCCCCUGAAGCAGUGUGCCAUCUCCAUUCUGUUGGGAUCAGUCCAUGUAGCUUGAGAUAAAUCUAGUUGGUUUCCCCCAACAGGGUGGACACCCCUUCCUCAGGCUGAAUAAAUAUAGCUAUAUAUUUUGUGUGACAAAAACGUAAUACAUCCAUUUUGCUUUAUAGGAUUAGAUAUUUAUCCCGAACUGCUGUGAGUGGGGCUGAAUGUGUCAAACUGGCGUGCCCGUCAUUGAAAAAACUGCCAGUCAGAUAAUGAUGCCACAAUGGGCAUCCCUGCCCCCCUGUACCAUCCCUUGGGUGGGUUCUGUGCUGUCCCCAGGCCGGCUGUGGUGGCAAAAGGCAGAGUUUCAGCAGAUGAUUUUGUGUGUUUUUGUCACACAUGAAGUAGGGACCUUUGUGUAUAACAAACAGGAUCCGGAUGUAACAGAUUGCAGUGCGUAUUGUACAGGAGAAUCACUGGAAUUUAUUGUAAAUGUCCAUUAAUAUGUGCCUUAAGCUAUUGUAAUUCAUCUCACAAGUGGCCCUUACUAACCAGGAACUAAAUGGCAGGACUCCAGGGGAGUGGCACAAGUACAGCAUGGGUAACUGUUAGAUGUUGUAGUGCAGAAGAGCCUUAUUAUCUGUAUGAAGUGGGUCUGGCCUGCUACCCUCCAGCUGUUGCUAGAUGUUGGGAGCUUUAGUUAAACACCAGCUUGAUUGUUGCAGGUUAGACAGUCCUUGAUCAGGGUUUAAUCUUUGCAUGUUUCUUGGUGGCAAGUGCCAAAAGGGUUAAAAUGCUGCCCAGGUUGGUCAGUGAGCCCAGAGUGCUGAGGCUUGAUACUUGUUACAGAAGGCAGUUAAAGGAACAGUAAAUGAAGGUGUUUUAUCUGUUAUCUGCUAAGUAACCUGUGCCUUUCCUCCUUGGAAUGGCUGCCCCCAUGGAUACACAGCAGCUUUAUUCAUAUAAACUAUAGUAGUCUGUCUGAGGCACACACACCAGUUGCACCAGUGCAGGACAACAUUACAUUAUACUAAUACUAAUUACUAUACUAUUAAUACUAAUACUACUAUACUGUAAUUAAUUUUAUACACACGUUACUGUUCCUUUAACAAGCAGGGUUGCCAUGUGGGAAUAACAUACGGGAAUGCAGGGUGAGCUACCAUCUAGCAAGUAUUAGUGAGUCGGAACUAGUGGUUCAGACAGAUGUCCUGCCUAAAAACCUUUUACAAAAUGCCCGUUCAUGUCUGCCGGGUUGGCAGCUUUAGUGGCCACUAUCCUGAGCUCAGUCUGACCUCUUGUCUCUGAGCUUGGUUGAUUUUUAGAUUUAGAAUGUAGGGGGGUAAGCAAGUGUACCAAGCUCCAGGCUAUUCUAGAUGGAAUAUUGUCUGCACUGAGAAACAAAAUAGCCUCUUCUUUUCCAGAUGGCCCCUCUAUGUUCUGUGCGUUACUGCUGCCCCAAUGUGGAAACUGUUUGUAUUUUGUUUGUUUGCAUGGGUGUAAGUGAAUAAUCCCUGCGUGAUACGAUGCCUUAAGGACUUACCUGCCGCCAGUGCUGCAGAAGCCUUUCCUAGCAUUUAUACAGGCUCUUCCAAUGCCCAUUGCCUUAAUAUGAGUAAUGCCUUUAGAAUACCUACUCCCUGGGUAGGUGCUUGCAGUCCUACUGACAGGUUCCCAGCGCCCCGCGUAACACUGGCUGUAACAUAAUAACGUGCUGGGCUCGGUUCAAGCCAAGGCAAACAGGUUGCAAUACUACAAUAUUCACCUUAUUGAAGAAAAUAUAUAAAUAUAUUUUUUAAAUGCUGUGACAUGUAAUGAUAUAAAAUUACAUAUUUUCAAAGUUUUGUUCAUAAAUGUAAAUUAUUUUGUGUAAAUGUUUUGUUUUUAAGUUGAUUCACACAUCUGACUUCUGCCUUACACUUGUGUCAAUGCCAACGUGUACAUAAAGUUGAAAGAAAAAGCU